CUGCAGUGCGCAAAAGUGACGUAGCGACGUAUAGCAUGAUCAUGUAAGAGCAGCACAGCACGCAUCAAAAAAAAAUGGACCCGGAAAUUCGAUCUCGUCUCCGGAAUGGCGCGGUCGCCUGCCGUUUCCGCGACCCGGGGUUACCCCUCUGCAUCGACGGGUUUGUGCAGUGCAAACACCUAUGCAUUGCAAAAGUAUCGUAGUACUAGUAUAAAUUGCAUUACAAACUGACUUAGCAUAUACAAAUUGAAUUUGUAAUGCGGAUCUGCCUUUCAGAAAAAGAUUUGUAAUGCAUAAACGCGAUUAAGUAGUACGAGUGCGAUACUUUUGCACUGCAGAACACCGGAAACUGAAGUUCACGGCGAACGAGCGGUUUGCGUACGGCGGCCGUGACAUCGGCGGCGCCUCCGCUUUCUCGACGAACAGCUAUGGCGCAUCCAGUUCGACGACGAAGAUGGAAGCGGGCCUAUCCUGUGCAAAAGUAUCGUACUCGUACUGCAAUCAAAAUCAUGCAUUACAAGUUUUUUCGUUAAGGUAAAUCAGCAUUACAAAUUCUAUUUCUCAUGCUGAGCGAACAAUUUGUCAUGCAUUUAUACGAGUGCGAUACUUUUGCAGUUCAUAGGGCCUGUCGCAGCUGUUGCCGCCGACCACCUGCAUGUACCAAGACCGACACGGCGACAAGAACCAGAUGCCGAAUAUCAAAUGUAAAAAUGUCUGGGUCUGGAAAGUUGGAACUUGUGAUGCUAGCUUUGGAGUCUAAAAAAAUCUGUAUUGCAUGACCAGCAAGAGGAGCCACAUUUGGGCUACGCGAGGAGGGCAUUUGUCAUGCGGAAAUGGCAUCAGGAAGCUUUCCAAAAAUCUGUGAUGCUGGGUCAUGCAUUACAAGCAUCAUGGGUCAUGCCAGACAAGCAUGACAACCCUUCCGUUCUUCCAGACCCAGACAUUUUUGCAUUUGAUACCGAACCCCGGUGUACCAGACGACAUUUCUGACGUCGAUGGAAGCUCGGACCGUCUGAACUACGGGAUUCUGCUGUACUAUCGGGCG